GUUAAUUGAUCGAAUAUCUUGAUAAUCAUUUGUGAUCAUCAACUUAGGGUUUUUGUUUAUGUUACAUAUUAGUUUUACUGCUAUGAUUUCAUUGAAUUUAAUUUGCUUAAUUAGUUUGAUAUUUGCUUAUAAUUAUUAGGGUUUAAUAGUUUUAGUUACUGAUUUACGGUCCCCCUGUAGUCGCACUGGGUGCGAAUCAAUCCCGGCAACGCCCGGUUUAUAGACCGGUUACAGCCGGUACACGAUUAUGGUCAUUUCUUACUCCCAGUACUCCUAAACCUUAUUCCUUACAUUACCUGCCACAAAUGGAUUUUGUUUUCCGUCACUCGACUGAUCACAAUAACACGCACGAAGCGUCCACUAGUUCGCCACGGACGGCUACUACGGCCGUCCAUCCACCGCCGCCUCUUCCGACGUUGUCGUUGGAAGAACCUGAGUAUUUGUGUCGGUAUUUAGUUAUCAAGCAUUCAUGGAGAGGGAGGUAUAAGAGGAUAUUGUGUAUAUCGUAUGAUAAUAUCGUGACGUUAGAUCCUGGGACGUUGUCGGUAACUAAUAGUUAUGAUGUUGGGAGUGAUUUUGAAGGUGCGUCUCCAAUUAUAGGCAAAGAUGAGAAUAGUUUGGAGUUUAAUGUUAGUGUGAGGACGGAUGGACGUGGGAAGUUUAAAGGGAUGAAGUUUUCGUCUAGGUAUAGAGCGAGUAUUUUGACUGAGUUGCAUAGAAUAAGGUGGAGUAGAAUUGGUACGGUUGCUGAGUAUCCCGUGCUUCAUCUUCGGAGAAAGACUGCUGAAUGGGCCCCGUAUAAACUCAAAGUGACCUAUGUUGGAGUUGAACUUGUUGAAUUAAAAUCUGGAGAUUUACGGUGGUGUCUGGAUUUUAGAGACAUGGACUCAACUGCUAUUAUUCUUCUUUCCGAUGCGUACGGGAGAAAAAAUGCUGAGCCCGGGGGUUUUAUUCUCUGUGCACUUUAUGGAAGAAAGUCAAAAGCCUUUCAAGCGUCUCCAGGGACUUCAAAUUCUGCUAUCAUAGCAAGUUUGACAAAAACCGCAAAGUCAACAGUUGGAGUGUCACUAGCUGUUGAAAGUUCCCAAUCACUAACUGUUAACGACUAUUUACAACGAAGGGCUAAAGACGGCGUGGGAGCGGAAGAAACUCCUUGUGGAGGUUGGUCUGUUAUGAGACUACGAACUGCCGCCCAUGGAACACUUGGCACACCACCAUCGGGUUUGGUAGUUGGACCGAAAGGGGGACUUGGGGAACAAGGGGAUGCUGUAUCUCGUCAACUUAUUUUGACAAAGGUUUCACUUGUGGAGAGACGUCCAGAAAACUAUGAGGCUGUUAUUGUCCGUCCUUUAUCUUCAGUGAGUUCUCUUGUUCGAUUUGCUGAGGAACCACAGAUGUUUGGUAUUGAAUUCAAUGAUGGAUGUCCAGUUCAUGUAUAUUCUAGCACUUCCAGAGAUGGUUUACUUGCAGCAGUUCGGGAUAUGAUACAAACUGAGGGUCAGUGUUCAGUGCCUGUUCUGCCCAGGCUUACUAUGCCAGGUCAUCCGAUUGAUCCCCCAUGUGGCAGAGCUCAUUUACAGCUUCAACAAGUAACCGGUAGGCCACAACGUGCAAUAGCUGACAUGGAAACUGCCGCUAUGCAUUUAAAACAUAUGGCCGCAAUCGCCAAAGAUGCUGUGGCUGAAGGAGGUUCUGUUCCUGGAUCAAAAGCUAAACUUUGGAGAAGAAUAAGAGAAUUCAAUGCAUGCAUUCCAUACGCUGGCGUCCCUCACAAUAUUGAAGUCCCUGAAGUAAUUUUAAUGGCUUUAAUUACAUUAAUCCCAGCUGUUCCGAAUCUGCCACCAGAGUCUCCUCCUCUGCCACAACCUUCUCCUAAAGCAGCUGCUACUUUUAUAGGGUUCGUUUCUUGUUUAAGAAGGUUAUUGGCAUCAAGAACCGCCACCUCACACGUGAUGGCAUUUCCUGCUGCUGUUGGGAGAAUUAUGGGUUUGUUACGAAACGGUUCUGAAGGGGUAGCGGCUGAAGCUGCAGAACUUAUAGCGGUCCUUAUUGGCGGUGGUCCCGGGGAUAACAACGUAUUAACAGACUCAAAAGGUGAUUAUCGUGCUACAAUCAUGCACACAAAGUCUGUGUUGUUUGCUCAGCAGGGUAAUCUUGUAGUUUUGGUUAACCGAUUGAAAUCGAUGUCUGUUUCACCACUGCUAUCAAUGUCAGUUGUGGAGGUUUUGGAGGCAAUGAUAUGUGACCCACAUGGUGAAACUACAGAUAUUAGUGUUUUUGUUGAAUUAUUACGCCAGGUUGCGGGGUUAAAACGUCGGUUGUUUGCAUUAUUUGGGCACCCUGCAGAAAGCGUGCGGGAAACAGUGGCAGUGAUUAUGCGGACAAUUGCAGAGGAAGAUGCAAUUGCAGCAGAGUCCAUGCGUGAUGCUGCAUUACGUGACGGUGCUUUAUUGAGGCAUUUGUCAAGUGCUUUUUUCCUACCUUCCGGUGAAAGACGAGAAGUAAGUCGACAGCUUGUGAGCCUUUGGGCAGACUCUUAUCAACCUGCUCUCGAUUUACUAUCUCGAGUAUUGCCACCAGGCCUGGUUGCGUAUUUACACACUCGGUCUGAAGGAGAUGUUACUGAAGAUUAUUCUUAUCAGGAAGGCUCAUUGAUGAGUAGUAGAAGGAGACGUUUACUUCAACAAAGAAAAAGUCAUGCAGUAAAAGGUGCAACAUCACCUAGAGAUACUCUGUCCCCCGUUACCAACUAUGAUGCUAGUGAUCACCCCUCGGCAGUUUACACAGGUGAAAACAUAUCAAGUGCAUUGGCUGGUGAUCAUUCUGCAGGUGUUGCUUCUCCGGAUGCAUCAUUGGCGGGUGAAAAUCCACCACUUGAAUCAGUUUCUAAUUUGGUCGAUUUGGAUGCGUUGCCGAACUCAGAUCUUACGGCUCCAGCUCAGGUUGUUGUAGAGAAUACGCCGGUCGGGUCCGGAAGAUUGCUAUUGAACUGGCCUGAAUUUUGGCGGGCUUUUAGUCUUGAUCAUAACCGUGCUGAUUUGAUUUGGAAUGAGCGGACCCGUCAGGAAUUGCGUGGUGCAUUGCAGGCUGAGGUUCAUAAACUUGACGUGGAAAAGGAGCGAACUGAAGAUAUCGUUCCUGGAAGUUCGUCUUCAGAAUCGAAUGGUCAAGAUAGUCUUCCCCAGAUGUCAUGGAACUACACCGAGUUCUCAGUCAGAUAUCCGAGCUUAUCCAAAGAAGUUUGCGUUGGUCAAUAUUAUUUGCGGUUGCUGCUUGAGAGUGGAAGCAAUUCACGGACAGAAAAGUUUCCCUUGCGAGACCCAGUUGCAUUUUUUCGAGCUUUGUAUCAUCGCUUUUUGUGUGAUGCAGACACGGGACUUACUGUUGAUGGCGCGGUUCCUGAUGAAUUGGGAGCUUCUGAUGAUUGGUGUGAUAUGGGAAGACUAGAUGGUUUUGGGGGUGGUGGCGGGUUCUCUGUUCGAGAGCUUUGUGCUAGAGCAAUGUCAAUUGUAUAUGAGCAACAUCAUAAUACCAUAGGCCCGUUUGAAGGUACGGCACAUAUUACAGUUCUGUUGGACAGGACUGAUGAUAGAGCUUUGAGGCAUCGACUGCUGCUGCUUCUUAAGGUUUUAAUGAAGGUUUUAUUGAAUGUGGAGGCUUGUGUCCUGGUUGGCGGGUGUGUCCUGGCAGUCGAUUUACUGACAACUGUUCAUGAAGUUUCAGAAAGGACGGUUAUUCCUUUGCAAUCUAAUUUGAUAGCUGCGUCUGCUUUCAUGGAACCUUUGAAGGAAUGGUUAUUCAUUGAUAAGGAUGGUGUACAAGCUGGCCCAGUGGAGAAAGAUGCUAUCAGAAGGUUUUGGUCAAAGAAAACUAUUGAUUGGACAACAAAGUGCUGGUCUUCUGGGAUGCCUGACUGGAAGAGGUUGCGUGAUAUUCGUGAACUUCGCUGGGCUCUUGCUGGCCGGGUUCCUGUCCUCACUCCUCCCCAGGUAGGUGAAGCGGCAUUGUCUAUAUUACACAGCAUGGUAUCUGCACAUUCAGAUAUAGAUGAUGCAGGAGAAAUUGUUACCCCAACUCCUAGAGUUAAAAGAAUCUUAUCAAGUUCACGUUGUCUUCCCCAUAUUGCCCAGGCCAUGCUUUCUGGGGAACCAGCUAUUGUUGAGGUUUCUGCUGCUCUGAUAAAAGCCGUUGUUACUAGAAACCCCAAGGCGAUGAUUAGACUAUACAGUAGUGGUGUGUUUUAUUUUGCUUUGGCAUACCCGGGAUCUAAUCUCGUUACUAUUGCACAACUCUUCUUCACCACCCAUGUUCACCAAGCUUUCCAUGGUGGUGAGGAAGCGGCAGUUUCUUCAUCAUUGCCCUUGGCCAAGCGGAGUGUGCUUGGUGGUCUUCUACCUGAGUCUUUACUGUAUGUUCUCGAGCGUAGUGGUCCAACUGCAUUCGCUGCAGCUAUGGUUUCUGAUUCCGACACUCCCGAGAUAAUAUGGACUCACAAAAUGCGGGCAGAGAAUCUCAUUCAUCAGGUUUUGCAACAUCUUGGUGAUUUCCCCCAGAAGUUAUCCCAGCAUUGUCAUUGUUUAUAUGAUUAUGCUCCUAUGCCACCAGUUACAUAUCCUGAACUCCAAGACGAAAUGUGGUGCCAUAGAUAUUACCUCCGUAACUUAUGUGACGAGAUUCGAUUUCCUAAUUGGCCUAUUGUUGAACAUGUUGAGUUUUUACAAUCAUUGCUUGUAAUGUGGCGUGAGGAACUAACAAGAAAACCAAUGGAUCUUUCUGAGGAAGAAGCUUGUAAAAUAUUACAGAUCUCUCUAAGUGAUGUCACGAGAGAUGAAUCUGAGGGUGGUUACUCAACCGGGAAUGUAGACGAUGAUUCUAGUCUAUCAAAGAAAAUUGAGAACAUUGAUGAAGAAAAACUUAAGAGACAGUACAGAAAGCUUGCAAUGAAAUAUCAUCCUGACAAAAAUCCUCAAGGAAGAGAGAAGUUUCUUGCAGUUCAGAAAGCAUAUGAACGUCUACAAGCGACAAUGCAAGGUUUGCAAGGCCCGCAACCAUGGAGGUUGCUGCUUUUGCUCAAGGGACAGUGCAUUCUAUAUAGACGGUAUGGAGAUGUCUUGGAGCCAUUUAAGUAUGCUGGAUAUCCAAUGCUAUUAAAUGCUGUGACAGUCGAUAGUGAUGACACCAAUUUCUUAUCCUUGGAACGUGCACCUUUACUUGUUGCUGCCUCGGAGCUGACCUGGCUCACGUGUGUCUCUUCUUCAUUGAAUGGUGAAGAGCUUGUGAGGGAUGGAGGCAUACAACUUUUAGCCACACUUCUUUCACGAUGCAUGUGUGUGGUUCAACCAACUACUCAUGGAAACGAACCAUCUACUAUUAUUGUAACGAAUGUAAUGCGGACAUUUUCUAGCUUGAGCCAGUUUGAGAGUGCUAGAACUGAAGUACUUGAGUUAUCUGGGUUAAUUGAAGACAUUGUGCACUGUACCGAGUUAGAGCUCGCACCAGAAGCUGUAGAUGCAUCUCUUCAGACCAUUGCUCAUCUUUGUGUGUCCUCUGAAUUACAAAACGCUUUGUUGAAGGCCGGAGUGCUGUGGUAUCUGCUACCUUUGCUGCUUGAAUAUGACUCGACUGUAGAAGAGCCGGAUACCACAGAGGCACAUGGAGUUGGUGUUAGUGUGCAAGCUGCUAAAAAUUUGCAUGCAGUUCAAGCUGCACAUGCUUUAUCAAGGAUUAGUGGCUUGACAGCUGCAAGUCCAACACCUUAUAACCAAGAGGCAGCUGAUGCUCUUAAAGCUCUUUUAACUCCUAAACUUUGCAGCAUGCUCAAAGAAGAGCUACCGAAGGAGCUCUUGAUAAAAUUAAACUCGAAUUUGGAGUUACCUGAGAUUAUUUGGAAUUCAUCAACCCGAGCAGAGCUAUUGAAGUUUGUAGACCAGAAACGUGCAGCUUUAGCACCUGAUGGUUCUCAUAGCUUGAAUGAUUCACAUGGUUUCUCAUAUGAAGCGCUAUCAAAAGAGAUCCGCAUUGGGAAUGUGUAUCUAAGGGUCUAUAAUGAUCAGCCUGAAUUUGAGAUAAGUGAACCAGAAUCUUUUUGUGUUGCUCUUGUCGAAUUUAUAUCGACCAUUGUACGCAAUCAGUUUGCUACUGAGCCUGAUACACAUAUAAUUGGCUCAAAUCACAAGACACCGGAACUUGAAAGCAAUCAUGAUAGCAAAGAUGACCCCACAGAUAAUAAUGUAACAUCAUCAGAUGGGAACUUAACACGCAAGGAUGAUUUAGGCAUGGUUGGCAACCUUCAACUUGGGCUGAUUUCUCUGCAGAAUUUGCUAACAAGCGAUCCUAAUUUGGCAUCCGUGUUUUCUUCAAAAGAAAAGUUAUUACCUCUUUUUGAGUGCUUUUCUGUGCCGGUUCCAUCCGGAAGCAACAUUCCACAAUUAUGUUUGAGUGUCUUGUCACGUUUAACCACACAUGCUCCUUGCUUGGAGGCUAUGGUAGCAGAUGGGUCUAGUGUUCUUUUAUUGCUACAAAUGCUCCACUCUGCCCCUAAUUGUCGUGAAGGGGUUCUCCAUGUUCUCUAUGCCCUGGCAAGCACACCAGAACUUGCAUGGGCAGCUGCCAAGCACGGUGGAGUCGUCUACAUUCUUCAACUCCUCCUCCCUUUGCGUGAAGAAGUCCCACUACCUCAAAGAGCAGCGGCUGCCUCUUUGUUGGGGAAGCUUGUUGCACAACCAAUGCAUGGGCCUAGGGUGGCAAUUACACUUGCCAGAUUUUUGCCAGAUGGAUUGGUAUCAAUUAUUAGGGACGGUCCUGGUGAGGCUGUUGUGAGUGCUCUUGAACAAACUACAGAAACUCCAGAACUUGUAUGGACACCAGCAAUGGCUGCUUCUUUAGCUGCACAAGUUGCAACAAUGGCUUCUGAUGUUUACCAGGAGCAGAUGAAAGGCCGUGUGUUUGAUUGGGAUGUACCUGAACAAGCAUCUAGUCAACAAGAAUUGAGAGAUGAGCCUCAGGUUGGAGGAAUCUACGUGAGGCUAUUCUUGAAAGAUCCAAAGUUCCCGCUUAGAAACCCAAAGAGAUUCUUGGAAGGAUUGCUUGAUCAGUAUCUUUCAUCAAUUGCUGCUACACAUCAUAACACUCAAGGGCCUGAUCCAGAGCUUCCACUACUCCUAUCUGCUGCCUUGGUAUCUUUGUUGCGGGUCCACCCUGCACUGGCAGAUCAUGUUGGGUAUCUGGGUUAUGUGCCUAAGUUGUUAUCUGCUGUGGCCUUCGAGGCAAGACGUGAAACAAUGUCUUCAGAAGAAUCUAGAAUGCCAGAUUCCCGCUUUGAAGGUGAGGAGAAUCCAUCACAAGGAUCACAAACCCCUCAAGAGAAGGUCCGUCUUAGCUGCUUACGGGUUUUGCAUCAACUAGCAGCUAGCACAACAUGUGCAGAAGCUAUGGCGGCAACUAGUGUUGGGACAACCCAGGUUGUUCCACUAUUAAUGAAAGCAAUUGGAUGGCAAGGUGGAAGCAUACUAGCACUUGAGACACUAAAACGUGUGGUAGUUGCUGGAAAUAGAGCAAGGGACGCACUUGUUGCACAAGGACUCAGGGUUGGACUCAUUGAAGUGCUGCUUGGGCUUCUUGAUUGGAGAGCUGGAGGGAGAAAUGGACUUUGCUCUCAAAUGAAAUGGAAUGAAUCUGAAGCAUCCAUUGGGCGGGUGCUUGCAAUUGAGGUUUUGCAUGCAUUUGCAACAGAAGGAGCGCACUGUACUAAAGUUCGUGACAUACUAGAUUCUUCCGAAGUUUGGGCAGCUUAUAAAGACCAGAAGCAUGAUCUUUUCCUUCCUUCUAAUGCUCAAAUAGCAAGUGCUGGAAUUGCUGGACUAAUUGAAAACUCUUCCCCAUCAAGGCUUACUUAUUCUUUAACUGCUCCCCCCCCUCAUCCUAACUCAUCAAAACCUCCCGCUAUCACAUCCGAGUCGAAUGGAUCAUAAUCGAGUUGAUUGGACUACAGAGCAAUGGCCAUAAGAACUUACCCUAAUCCCAAUCUUGAUAACUUAUAAUAUAAAUGUUUUGGCCCAACUACCAUAAAAAUAACAGAUCAUAUUGUUUCUUUGUAUAGCAUACUGUACAGUGCUCCAUCUCUCAUGCUUGUACCAUAGAGGGUGGAAGAUGGAUCUUUCUUUAGAUCAACUGAAGAUAAUUGUUUCUGUAAAGAAUCUUUGGAUGGAAAUUUUCGCAUAUAUAGUGGAGGUGAUUUUGAGCUUGGUAUAGACUUUGUUUCUAUGUAUGUAGUUCGAUAGCAGUCCUUGUUACGUUUGUCUCAAGUGGAAGCUCUGCACUUUGUGUUACAGUUUCAAUUUUUCUAUGUUUUUGAUCGUUCA